UGAAACUACCAGACUCUGGACGAGGACCUGUUAGGACUCUUGGGGAUCCGAGAUGACAAUGCAAAAUGGGAGAAGAUGGACCAGGCUCGGGGGCAGUUUCGGACUUGAGGGUUAAGAAACUGAAUUUUCAGAAAAUGGAAUAAUAGAAUAGAAGGUAAAGUCAACUCCUCGUAUAUUCGACUGUGCGCUGUGAUGAAUGAUACAUCCAUUUAAGUUGAUGAGUCUUCAGUAUAAACAGCUUCAUUGAAAAACUGCUCACCUCUGGAUCUUGGCUCUAAUCGCAACGACAGGGCCCAGCAGACCUGAUAAGCUAAGGGACAAAUCAAUACCUGGAAAAUCAGAGCUCACCACUUCAACCAUGAGCGAGGAAAUGGAGAUAACCGAUGAGAAGGACUGGAGAGAACUUGAACCAAACUACUCUAUCAAAAUCUUCCUUACCGUCUUUUACAGCCUAAUCCUAGUGACAGGAAUUGUGGGUAAUUCAGUCACUAUCAGAGUGACGCAGGUGCUGAAGCAAAAUGGCUACCUGCAAAAGAAUGUGACUGACCAUAUGGUUAGCCUGGCGUGCUCUGAUUUGUUGGUGCUCCUUAUCGGCAUGCCUGUGGAGCUUUACAUAACCAUCUGGUUCCCAUUCACCUCUGCAUCAGGCAAUGCUUCCUGUAAGAUCUACAACUUCUUGUUCGAGGCUUGCAGCUAUGCCACCAUUCUAAAUGUCGCCACGCUUAGCUUCGAACGCUACGUGGCUAUCUGUCACCCAUUUCGCUUCAAGGCCCUGGGUGGGAAACGUACCUCCGCCUUAAUCACUUUUGCUUGGCUGGUGUCCGUGCUCGUGGCUCUGCCAUUGCUGGUUGCCACAGGAACGCAGGGCCACAUUCCCUUCCGAGCAGAUACGCCCGUCCAAAAUCUGACGUUCUGCACCAAUCUGAGGGAGCACUGGGUGAUGUACAGAGUCAGUAAUUUUGUGGCGUUCAUCGUCUACCUGAUCGUGUUGAUCUGCGUGGCCUUCAUGUGCCGAGCCAUGAUCAUGGUCCUGCAGAAACCUCUGGGUUCAUUAGAUGGAGGGCUAAAUGGAAUUCAAAGAGCAUCGAAGCAUGAGAGUUCAAAGGUCAAGAUGGCGAGGAAGCAAACCAUCCUGUUUCUUGGUCUCAUCGUGGGUUCGUUGACCGUGUGCUGGCUUCCCAACCAGAUUCGUCGACUUAUGAGGGCCACCGUGCCCAAGUCCCACUGGACUCCUUCUUUCUUCAGGAGCUACAUCACACUUCACCCUGUGGCUGACUCCUUCUUCUACAUCAGCUCUGUGCUCAACCCAUUCCUUUACAAUCUGUCCUCCAGGCAGUUCAGGGAAGUCUUUGUUCAGGUGCUGCGGUGCAACCUCACUAUCGAACACGUGAACAAGCGCAACUUGAAGAGCUUACACGCUGCUUCUGCGCGCUCACAGCGCCCCCUGUUGAUCAGGUCAUUGCGUAGAAGCAAAGCAAACCAGGCCUCCCAGGUACAAGAAACACCCCCUCCCACUUUUACAACCUUUCAGAAGGAUAGUGGCAUAGGAGAUAGUCAUACAUCAGAUCCUGGGACGACCGUCACCCUGCCUGAACAGUCAGCUUCAGUUCUUGAAAUAAAGACAGAGGAACCAUCAGAGACUGAAAUAUAACGUGCUGUAGCCUGCAAUUUAUUAUAACACAAUAAACAGUAAAAACAAACAUGGCGGAAACUUCUUGGUCCAAGGACAUUUGUGCUGUGCCAUUAGAAAUAAAUAAAGACAUUUAUACACAGUAAAUACAGUUGGCUACAAAGUGUUAAAUCAUGAAUUUCAAUGAUCUGUGACAGAUCACAGUAAGCUGACAACGCGGCAAUAAAAAACCUUGCAUUUAACAUAAAUUGUAAUUAUGAAAUAGACACAAACCAACAAUACUACAAGUCCUUCAAAUUCAUUGAAAAAAAUUUGGUCUUUGUCUAUGCCACUUUUGGGGUCAUGGCAGAAAGAGAUGUUGCCAUUCUUCCACACAAUGAGCAUUAUAAUAUUUACUUGUGAUCAUCUUGGAACCACUGUGGGGCAUGUUAUUCACUUCUUUUAAAACUGCAGCAUGCAAACUAAAUGAUGUUCCUCAGCUACAUGUUGUUCCACGCUCUUACAGCGGAUGGUGAUUGUAAUGAAAACACUAGAAAUGCAUCAAAAAAGAUGGGGCCUGGAAACCAAACAAAUCUGAUUGGUUAUAGUUUUAUCCAAUGAAAUCUAGAGAUGUUUUUUCAUCUGCAAACAUUGAUGGUAUCUCUUGGAAAUAGAAAAUAUCAAUGACUAAUUUCUGAAUUUGAUUUGACAAGGCUAGGGGUUAAACAGGACAACAUCACUUUUAACACGUGUGUUUCUCCAUGUGCUACCUUUAACUUUCAGCUCAGUUCCAGAGAAAGAAAAGUCAUGUGUAAACUCAUCAAACCAGCAAAAAACACAAUUUUUAUAUUUUAAAUGAACCACUGAAAAAGCAACAGAAUGUUACCAUUUGAUGAGUUUUAUAUGUACAAUAUUUUUCAAGUGAAGCCCAUCGUGUCCUAAAGAUACCUAAAAUGAUACCUAUCAUAGAAGAUCUUGUCCUAAAGUCUCUUUCUAACGUGAGUCCAUUAUC